ACCAUUACCUCUCGCGUACAAGCAGUUUGGUAACUCCAAUCAGCCUCAGUAUGUUUUUGGACUGUGGGGGAAACCGGAGUACCCAGAGGAAACCCAAUUACGACACAGGAGAACAUGCAAACUCCACACACAUGGAACCAUGGCAGAGGCUCAAACCCAGGUCCCAACGGUAUGAGACAAUAGUGCUAACAACCGUGACACCAUGCCUCGGAGUGGCUCUUUUGAUAGCGAGUGGCACUGAGGACAGCUUCUUAUAGUCACUAAUGUUACUAAUGUGUCUUUGUCACUACUGUGCUGCCCAAGGUGUCCCAGCCUUUUAUGACCCUGCAUUAGACGUGACUUCAUGGAACUUUUUUUUACGUUGUCAACGUGCCACACAAAUGCCCACUAUUUUAUUCAAAAGCUGCGUGUGUCGUUUUGAACAUAAGUAUUUGAAGAACACAUGACCAAAUAGACAGUCUUUCGAAGGAGCGCUUCAGAAACAGCUCCUCUGAAAGCGCGGCUGGGGUGGGAGCUGACGCUCAGCUGUAUAAAAAGUUUCCAGCGAACCUCUUCCAUUGCUUUCGGAGCAGCUCUUCGAGGCCCGGGCUGUUAUGAAACUCCCGAACAGGGGUUUUGUAACGCGGCUCCCGGCCAAUGGAGACCCGCCGUCGCGGCCACGUCACGUCACUUUAUAUACCGGAGGGGUGGCAGUGCGGAUCCGUGCAUGGCGUUCAGGAAUGCUGCCCUGACAGCAAUCCUCCGACAAAAAAGCCUGCACGGCUUUUGCAGUAUGACAGCCCCGGUCCCGAAUGCCGGCUUCUUCAUAGCACCCGUUUUAGCUCCGGACUCCGAGUGGGACGGGGGUGACGCUCAUCAUCAUCCGACACUCAUACUCCAAAGAGUCGAUGCCCUCCUCAAGGAGACGCUGGACGUCUUCUCCAUGGCAUUCAGCGACGGAUCAGUGCGGCCGGAGCGGCUGGCCGCUUUGGUAGACUGCAUCCUGCGGAACUUCAGCAAGAAGCCCGUAGAGGCACCGGCGCAGGAAGCGGUCACCGACCUCGAUCCGUUCAGCUGCCCCGGCUGCCGCGACUUUCUCGGCGAGCCCGUGACGGUGGCAUGUGGACACUCCUUCUGUAAGCGCUGCUUGGACCAGGAGCUUUUUAGCAAGUGCAAAGCGUGCGGUCAGAAGCUGUCGGAGGAGCCGAAGCCAAAUGUGAUUCUAAACGGCGUGCUUCGAAAGUGGUUUCCCGAAGACAUGGAGAGAUACAGAUGUGUGAGAGAGGUGGAAGAUCUGACCAGGAGGAAACGGUUCCGAGGAGCUCUGACGCUCGUCAAUAAGUUGUUAAAGUCAGACCCCAGCGACGUGGUGGCACUGGCCUGUAGGGCUGAGGUCUACGAGGGUCUGAAGCAGUACCCCCUGGCUCUGGAGGAUGUGGCGGUGGUGGUGCUGAGGUCGGCAGGCUGGACCCAGGGUUACUUCCAGAAGGCUCGAAUCCUGCAGGAGAUGGGUCAGGUGGACGACUCCCUGCAGGUGUUCCUACACUGCCUCCUGCUGGAUGCUGAUUUCAUGCCAGCUAGGAGGAAAGUGGCGGAGAUCCUGUGUGAUCGACUGUCCCCGUCUUGCUGUGACAUGGAGGCCAGCCUUCACCAGGCCACUGUGAGUGUGCUCCCUUACACACGUGCCAAGGCCCUGGUGCGCACCGCCCAUGGUGAGGCCGCUGUUGAACAGCAUGCAGAGGGAACAGAGCAGCCCGCCCUAAAGCGAGCCCAGUCCAUGUGGGCAGGCAGUGGAGGCCCUGGGGCUCCAGACGGCCUAAAGCGGGUUCGGUCAGCUCCCCAGCUGGGAGACCAGGACAAGGGGACCCAACUGAAGCGGAAGCUGUUGGCCUCUGACAGUGGACACACCCCCAUCCCCCAGGAGGGCAACAUGCACCAGAAUAAAGAAGGGUCCGUCCCCCACAGAGCAGUCCCUGUUCACCUGGUCGAGGCCUCCGACUUUGAGUGCUCGCUCUGCAUGAGGCUGUUCUACAGACCAGUGUCCACGCCCUGUGGCCACACCUUCUGCAGGAGCUGCCUGGAGCGAUGCCUGGACCACACCCCCCAGUGCCCCCUGUGUAAGCAUAGCCUGAAGCAGUACCUGGCAUCCAGGAAAUACCCGCUGACACAGCUGCUGGAUGAUGUCAUCCAGAAAUACCUGCCUGUGGAGAAGCUGGACAGGCAGAAGCUCCAUGCGGAGGAGACCCAGGAGCUUUCCGACCUCACCCGGAGUGUCCCGGUGUUCGUGUGCACGGUGGCGUACCCCACGGUGCCCUGCCCCCUGCAUGUGUUCGAGCCACGCUACCGCCUCAUGGUCCGACGCUGCAUGGAGACCGGAACCCGCCAGUUUGCCAUGUGCCUCAACGACGCCCAGAAAGGCUAUGUUGACUACGGCUGCAUGCUGCACAUCCGCAGCGUCCACUUUCUGCCGGACGGCCGUUCGGUGGUGGACGCGGUGGGCAGGAGUCGCUUCCGUGUGCUCAGCCGCAGCAUGAGGGACGGCUACUGCAUUGCUGACAUCAAGUACUUGGAGGAUGUCAAGGUCCAAAAUGGCCCGGAGCUGUCCGAGCUGCAGGUGCUGCAUGACCAGGUGUAUGAGCAGGCUCAGGCUUGGUUCCAGAACCUGAAUAACCACUUCCAGCGUCAGAUCCUGCAGCAUUUCGGACCCAUGCCGGAACGGGAGCCUAACAUCCAGGCCACGGCGGACGGGCCGGCCUGCUGCUGGUGGCUGCUGGCAGUGCUGCCCGUGGACCCACGCUACCAGUUAUCCAUGCUGUCCCUGCUGUCUCUUCGAGAGCGAUUGCUCAAAAUCCAGCACAUCCUCACCUACCUACAGAGCAUGCCUGGAGACUAGCCCCGCCCCCAGGUUCUGGCACUGCCCCCUCAGGCCUGGGCUUCUGUCAGUGUGCGUGUGGGGUGUGUGAGUCCUAGUGAUGGGCAAAUGAAGCUUCAUAAACCACUUUCUGUAUUUUUUGGCUACUCUAGAUGGAACUCUUAGGUUUGCUUUGGGGCAUGAAUUGAGCCCUUUUUUAAAUAGAGACCACCAUCUAGUGGUGUCAGAAAAUACAGCAAUUGGUUCAUGAAGAAUCAGUUGGCCAUCAUUAGCGAGUCCCAUAACAUACUCCAUAACAUGAACCAGCAGUCAUCUCUGGGCAUCGUCAGGGAGGUGUCCAUCCACAGGGGGUUCCACUCUCUCUGCAUGACCCAUUGGACUGGACUCGCCGCUGCACUUGGACAUCCACGCCGGGUCAAACUCAAGCUUUAAUUUAUUGCUGAUUCCUCUGUGCUUGGCCAAGAUGAAUUUUCUAGAAGAACUUUUCCGGAUGGUGGGUGUCUGUGAGCCACAUGCCCUUCCCAGAGUCCCACUGUGUGUAUCUGUAAUAAUGGGCUCCGCUCUGCGUGGAUUGUUUAUAAAUUGCUUUUGCACAGAUUUUCAUCGUAGCUUUUUAAUUGAGCAUUUAUGUUACCAGUUUUUGUUGAUGAAUUAUAAAAACAACCUUUUGUGCCCUGUGUGUUUUUUCUCUGCUUAACUCAAGAGGUAAUAAAUGUAGUUUCCCAUUGCUACCAA